GGAGUGGGCGUAGUAAAAAAUGGAGAGAGAUGCUGAAAUUGCCACCUGUUAGUCACUGUGAAGGUAUUAGAUGCUCAAUUGAAAGAGACUAUUAUCAACUUUGUGAUAAACAGCCGAUAGGAAGGCUUCUCUUCAGACAGUUCUGUGAUUCCAGACCAGAUUUGAAAAGAUGCAUUGAAUUUCUGGAUGCAGUGGCAGAAUAUGAGGUAUCUUCAGAUGAAAAGCGUAUUGACUGUGGCCUGAAAGUUCUAGAGACAUACUUCACUAAUGGGUCUGCAGCACACUUGCCAGAAAUACCUCAGGAAACAGUAAAUGAAUGUAAAGCACGACUGGAAAAGAACCCUUCUAAGGAUCUUUUCAUGGACUGUACUAGAAUUGUACAUGAAUACCUAAGCAAAAGACCUUUUGACGCUUACCAAGACAGUGUGUAUUUUUCCCGUUUUUUACAGUGGAAAUGGCUGGAAAAGCAACCAGUAACCAAACACACAUUUAGGCAUUACCGAGUACUAGGCAAAGGUGGAUUUGGAGAGGUGUGUGCCUGUCAAGUACGGGCAACAGGAAAAAUGUAUGCUUGUAAAAAGCUAGAAAAAAAGAGAAUAAAGAAGAGGAAAGGAGAAUCAAUGGCUCUAAAUGAAAAAAGAAUUCUAGAGAAAGUGAAUAGUAGGUUUGUAGUUAGUUUAUCCUAUACAUAUGAGACGAAAGACGCCCUGUGUUUAGUACUAACCAUAAUGAAUGGAGGGGAUUUGAAGUUUCACAUAUAUAACAUGGGAAAUCCUGGCUUUGAUGAAGAAAGGGCUAUUUUCUAUGCUGCAGAACUGUGCUGUGGUCUGGAGGAUUUGCAGAAGGAGAGAAUUGUUUACAGAGACUUGAAGCCUGAGAAUAUACUCCUUGAUGACUGUGGGCACAUCAGAAUUUCGGAUCUUGGAUUAGCUGUGCAGAUUCCAGAAGGAGAAACAGUCCGAGGACGGGUUGGCACUGUUGGUUACAUGGCUCCAGAAGUACUCAAAAACGAAAAGUACACAUUCAGCCCGGAUUGGUGGGGUCUUGGGUGCUUGAUUUAUGAAAUGAUUGAAGGACAGUCUCCAUUCAGGAAGCAUAAGGAAAGGGUCAAGCGGGAUGAGAUUGACCGGAGGGUAAAGGAAGACCAGGAAGCAUAUUCAGACAAGUUCUCGGAGGAGGCAAAAUCCAUCUGCAGGAUGUUACUUGCUAAAAAUCCAGGGGAACGACUGGGUUGCACUGAAGGUGGAGCUGCUGUUGUAAAGCAACAUCCUAUUUUCAAGAAUAUUAACUUCAAGAGGCUGGAAGCUAACAUGUUGGAACCUCCGUUCUUGCCAGAUCCACGUGCCGUAUAUUGUAAAGAUGUCCUGGACAUAGAGCAGUUCUCGACAGUAAAAGGAGUGAACCUGGAUACCACAGAUGAUGACUUCUAUUCCAAAUUUGUUACGGGCUGUGUCUCAAUCCCUUGGCAAAAUGAGAUGAUUGAAACGGGAUGCUUUGAAGAUAUCAAUGCAUAUGAAACAGAUGGUACUGUGUCACCAGACAGAGAGAGGUCUCCUAAACCAAAGAGAGGCUUCUUUCACAGGCUUUUUAGUGGAGAGGUCUGCUUCAAAUCUGAUUGCAGUGAUGAUGAGCAGGAGUCCUCUAGACUUUAAAUCAUUUCACUCUCAUCAGAAAGAAUGAGCAAACUUUAAAUGUUUUAUAUCUCUGUAGCAAAGUGUAUUAUAUAUAUUUUUUAUCUGAGUUCAAGGAUUUUUGUACAUUUGUACUUCAUUUGUUUUAAGAUGUAUAUUUUCACUAAAGCUUAAUUGUACAAAAA